ACUUCUUUGCUUAACGGCAACGACACCUCUCAACUUUUCAUCUCACACACCUGACGAGGCAGGGGGCGGGGGGGACACGUUCUCUCUGCCGGAGUCUCCACCAGAAUCAUCUCCAAGUGGCAGAGAGGCACCAUGAUGGGAUUAACAACAGCGACUUUACUGCUCUCUUGCAUGGUUUCUGCGGCUCUGUGUCAAGGUUUUGAAAGCAAGCGUUCAUCGUACAGGAACAGGAGAGCGGUACCAAAUACUUUUACGGACACGCGAGCCACAGAGGUGACAGAAUGGACGUCUUGGUUUAAUAUUGACCACCCUGGGGGAAACGGUGACUACGAGCGCCUGGAGGCCAUCCGCUUCUACUAUCGGGAGAGAAUAUGUGCAAGACCCACAGCGAUGGAGGCCCGCACCACAGACUGGGUGGCGGCGGCAGACACUGGCGAAGUCGUCCACUCCAGCCUGGAGAAGGGCUUCUGGUGCAUCAACAAGGAGCAACCCUACGGAAACAUCUGCUCCAACUACCACGUCCGCUUCCAGUGCCCCCCAGAUCAGAGUUACUGGACACAAUGGGGAGAGUGGGGUCCGUGCACCACCACAGUUUGCAAUGAUGUGGGCAUUCAAGUGCGCCAGAGGAGAUGCAUGAGCACGCAGCCUUUGCCGCUACUCUUGGUCCCCGCCUGCCAGGGACACCAUUCAGAGAGGAGGGAGUGCUCCAACCCUCCAUGUACAGCCAAGUGGAAUCCAUGGGGUGUCUGGGGGUCCUGCACUGUGACAUGCGGCGGUGGUCGCAGAGUCAGGAGGAGGACCUGCGUGAGGACCUCGACGACAAUGCAAUGCACCGGACGGCCUGUGGAAACACAAAAAUGCGGCAAGAGUCCAUGUCCAGCGAAAUGUCAACGUGUGUGCGCCGAGGGCCAUCCUGAUGAAGACUGCAGACGCUGCGUGUGCGAGGGCCACGUUCUGCACGGCCAAGUCCACAGCGUGACCGGGGCCCCUGUAGCGGAGGCCUGGGUGGCGUUCACCAGUCACCCCAAAGUCAUCCGUGCCCGAACGGACGCCAAAGGUCAAUUCCGACUGAAAGGAGUUUGCUCCUCUGACGACAUCUCCUUCACCAUCAGGAAAGACAAAUAUGCACCUGUUGUGGUGUCGUCCAGCAGCAACAGCACAGGCACGUCCUGGGUGUCCGCUGUCCUCAAAUCGGCUGAGAAACCCUACAUAGUGAAGCACCCGGAGGACAAGGUGCGACACGAGGGCGGGCGGGCGAUGUUGUGCUGCAAGGCAACAGGAUCGCCGACACCUGAAAAGUACAACUGGUACCACAAUGGGACUCUGCUGGACAGAAAGGUGUACAAGUAUCAAGAAGACCUUGUAUUGAAGGACCUGAAGCCAGAGCAGUCUGGACAGUAUUACUGCAAAACCAGCAGCCCAGCAGGCAGCAUUAAGUCCUCGCCAGCAUCCCUCACUGUCAUCGCAAAAGGAACUCCAGCCUGCAACUCUACCCCCGAGGCGCAUCUGAUCAGACUCCCACUGGACUGCGUUCAACCUGGGACUAACUCCAAGUUUUACAAUGCAGGCCGCUGCCCUCAUAACAAAUGUGCUGGCUUGCUAGACUAUGAUAUGCGCUGCAGAGAUGGAGAAGGCUUUUGCUGCAGUGCCCAAACGAUGGAAACUCGGACCAUCGACUGUGGGAGCUACAACCUCCCAAUCAAGGCUGUAUCCCAAUGUAAAUGUCAGAAGUGUGUACAGCCAACAGUGCUAGUGCGUGGCAGAGUGGUCACAGCUGAAAAUGGUGAGCCACUAAGAUUUGGCUACAUCUACAUUGGCAAAGAGAGGGUGGGCACUACUGGAUACCAGGGAGGUUUCACCUUGCAAGUUCCUCCUGACACACAGAGACUGGUGGUGAAUUUUGUGGACCCCACUGAGAAGUUUAUAGACACUCCCAAGGUCUUUAUCUUGGACAAGAAGGGUGGAUCCAUCUACCAUGACGUCAAGGUCAUGAGGAAGCAGGCUCCAAUUGACAUUAAUGCGGGAGAGACUAAUUCUAUUAACCUGGGAGAGAUAAAAGGGGAAGACCCUAUUGGACAGUUGGUUAUUCCAGCCAAUUCCUUCCACAAAGAAAAUGGAGACAUUUAUGAGGGUACUGUAAAAGCCAGUGUCACUUUCAUUGACCCAAGAAAUAUCACCACGGCUUCUGCUACACCUGGUGAUCUCAACUUUGUGGACAAUGAAGGUGAUAUGCUCCCUUUGAGGACCUACGGCAUGUUCUCUGUUGACUUCCGUGACGAGAGCAACAAGGAGGUGCUUGGCGCCGGAGCGGUUCAAGUCCUUCUUGACACACAGCACGUCAAAAUGCAAGAGCACAUCCCCAAAAUGAAACUGUGGUCUUUAAAUCCUGACACUGGAGUCUGGGAGGAAGAGGGUGACUUCUCCAGCACCACAACCCAAGGUGGGCACGGCCGGAGCAAACGAGAGGAGCGCACCUUCCUCAUAGGCAACAUGGAGAUCAGAGAGCGUAGACUGUUUAACUUGGACGUGCCUGAAAGCAGACGUUGCUAUGUCAAAGUCCGUGCCUACAUGAGUGACAAGUUUCUUCCCGUUGAACAACUGGAAGGCGUUGUGGUCAGCUUGAUAAAUCUGGAACCCAAACCUGGUUAUUCCUCCAACCCCAGGGCAUGGGGCCGCUUCGACAGUGUCAUUACUGGCCAUAAUGGGGCCUGUUUACCUGCUUUCUGUGAUGCCCAGAGGCCUGAUGCCUACACCGCUUAUGUAACAGCCAUGAUGGGUGGCGAGGAACUGGAAGCAGCCCCCUCCUCACCAAAGAUGAAUCCGAAUAUCAUUGGAGUAUCUCAGCCAUACCUGGAUAAGAUCGACUACCAGCGCUCAGACCACGAAGAUCCAGCUCUGAAGAAAACAGCUUUCAGAAUUAAUCUAGCAAAGCCCAACCAAAACAACCUUGAUGAGACCAAUGGACCCAUAUAUCCAUAUCAGAAUUUAAUAGCCUGUGAAAAUGCUCCAGUUGAUUCAAACCAUUUUAGAUUCUUUAGGGUGGAAAAAGACAAGUAUGAAUACAAUGUUGUGCCUUUUGAGGAAAAUGAUCUGACAACCUGGACAGGAGACUACCUCUCCUGGUGGCCUAACCCUCAAGAGUUCAGAGCUUGCUUCAUUAAGGUUAAAGUCCAGGGACAAAAGGAAGUGAUGGUCAGGUCUAAGAACUUAGGAGGAACGCAUCCAGAAACCAAAAACAAACUUUAUGGCAUCCGAGAUAUACGAAGCACUCGCGACAUGCGAGAGGCCAAUACAUCAGCAGCUUGCGUGGAGUUCAAAUGCAGCGGAAUGUUGUUUGAUCAAGCUGAGGUGGAUAGAUCCCUCAUAUCAAUCCUUCCACAGGGGAACUGUCGCAAGAUCGCCACCAACAACCUCCUGCAGGAGUACCUAAUCAAACACCCUCCGGUGGCGCAAAAUAACGACUCCAAUGCCUUCAGCAUGUUAGCCCCUGUGGAUCCAUUGGGGCACAAUUACGGCAUAUAUACCGUCACAGACCAAAAUCCCAGAGUUGCAAAAGAAAUCGCCAUUGGCCGGUGCUUUGACGGCACCUCCGAUGGUUUCUCCAGAGAGAUGAAGUCUGACUCUGGGGUGGCUUUGACUUUCAGCUGCCCAGAGAGGAAAAUCAACAGAGAGAGCCUCUUUCAGCGUCUGCAGACCAAUCCAGGUCAGACGCUGUCACAGAUGGCGAGGGACAUGAGAGAGAUGGAAGGCAUGCAGGUGCGGAGAUCAUCCACUCGAGUGGUGGCCUAUCCUUCUGAGCCACGGGUCAGGAUCCAGAAUCGUAGGGUUGGCAGUACAAGCAGGAGCAGGGCGACUAUUCGCACACAACCCCAAUAAGAGAGUCAGGAGAUCUUCACUCAAGGUGACUCAUGUUCAGGAACUGAAAUAUGACAUUUUUUUUAUAGAAAGGCACUUGCUUCUUAUUUACUGUGGAGAAAUCAUGUGUCGAUCCUGGCUGAAGAUAACCAAUAAUCUUAUACUUGAAUGGUUUUUAAUAUUCUGCUUUUAUUUUUUUGUUCCUCCUGAAAUACAUACAGUACAUAUUGUAGUUAUAUGAAAAGCUGGCAUAUAUUUAAGACUUUGGUGAGAUUUCAUGAAUGAAAGACGUAUUGACCGGAAACUAUUAUCGGUGGAGCCCAAACGUAAAAAAAAAAUUGGCCUUCACUGCAAGGAAAAGUUGCAAACACUGAGCCCUUUCUGUUCAAACGGAGAGAAUCUAGAAACACAUUUUCAGCUGUUUUCUUUGUUAUAGUGACAUGACACUUGGCCGUCUGUGAUUUAUCCACACACCAAAACAGACGAGCAUCUCUUGCAGCAUAAAAGACGAUAUUCAAUAUUUCAUUUUUCACCUAGAGCUCAUUAGGCUCCAAACUGACAUAUUUUUCUCCCAGAAUGUUUAUGAGCCGGGUAAUAAAAUCCACAAUACAAAAAGCUGCUGUUGAAAAAACAUGUACAUGUAACCUUGCAUCCAUGCAUCCAAAAUAAUUAUUUCAAUCAGCUCAUUGAAUACAUUUGUUUUUAAACAAAUUAAGUGUAACUUAAAUUAACAUCAAAACACAAAAUCUAACUUGUUCAUCUGAACAUUUGACAAUUUGCAGAACCUCUUCCAAGCUGAACUAAUCCCCAAAAACACAAGCCAAGGGUGACUAUGCUCCUCCGGGGGAACCCAGGACGAGUAAACAUAUUUCAGCUGUUAAUUAGAAGCAAAACCGUGCCAUCCUUUGGGAGCCAUUAGUGCAGCUUGACCGUGGUGAAACACUAACAGCCAAACUCACUCAUUUUCAAGAUAAAAACUAAUUAAAGUAACAAGCCCCUUUCGGGGAGUUCACCUCAAUUUUGCAAAUUUAACAUGUGUGAUUUGUUUUUAACAGUAAAAGUAACAACUACAUAACCCACCGUCAACUCAAAGCUACAAAAGCUACCCAAAACCAAUGUAAGGAGGACAACAAUCCUUAAACUGAAUGCCAAGGAUGUCGUCCAAUUCAGAUUUUGAUUCAAUAGCAACUCUCUCAAUCAAAGCAGUCAGAGACUUCUGAGUCAUCACCGAGCGUUUGUUUGUAUGUUUUUGCUUUGUGUUCAUGUUGCUUUACACUUAAAGAUCUUAAAUGUGUGUAAACCUAAAAGGGACAUUAAUGGAAAAUUGACUUCUGAUUUGACAUUGUGUACCAUAUUUUUCAGACUGUAAGGCGCACUUAAAAUCCUUUCAUUUUCUAAAAAAUUGAUCUGCAUAAUUUUGUCCAAAUAACCACCAUUACAUGUUAUGUUGACAACAAGGAGUUUUUUUAAUUGUAGGAAAAAAAAUCAAAAUAUGACCUUUUAUAAUCCGGUGCGCCUUUUUUAUGAAAAUAGACCCGAAUAGACCGGUUCAUCGACAGAGCGCCUUAUAAUGUGGUGCGCUUUAGGGUAUGAAAAAUAUGGUAAUUGCUUGCUUGUAUUGCUUGGUUUGGAAGGAAGGAAGAUGUUGAAAACCAAACAUUUAUCAUUUUUACUGCCUCACAUGUAAUACAGUUUACAUUAUUAGUUUACAUUACAUCUGACUACAACUGCACUAAAAGGGACAAGUAGAACAGCGUCCCAAAACUGGCUGCUUUCAACAGGGCUAUCUAGAGCAGGCCUGGGCAAUUAUUUUGACUUUGGGGUCCAAAUGUAGAGGAAAAAAAUGUGUCUGGGGGCCAGUAUAUCUAUUUUUUGGACACUAAUACAAAACCUCACUUUAUAUGUCCGAAUGCUAAAAAAAUUUUUUUUUUUUUUUUACAGAAUGAGACACCCAGAAUGUACAUGACAAUAAAGAAUGUGAGAUUUAGAAUUUUAACUCUGAACUAUAAAACACUGAAUAUUAACAACAUAUAAACGUCACACUGCCUCUCAAUUGACAUAUUUUACAAUCAAGCAAAACGCAAAACAAUGCAACAAACACAGCGAAAUAUGAACGUGAAACCCCCCCCCCCACCUACAAUCUGAUAUAUCACUAAGCUUUAGAACUUUCUUUUAAAAAUCUCCUUCCACGUCUGUCCUUACCACCCGCAUUUCAGGCUGGCCGCCCUGGAAACACUCUGUGGAAACGCUCCCCACCCACACUGCUUGGUGCCUGGUCUGAGCUGCUGUGACUUAAAUUACCAUAUUAACUAAUUACAUUACCAUAGUAACUCAUUAGAUCACCAUAAUAACUAGUAUAUCAUGCAAAAGCGCAGAUUCCAACCAUUUAAAUAGUCUGUACAGUUCAAGACUUACGGUAAUUUGAAAACAUUACAGCACAUCAUAAUGGCAGCUACAGUUUCCAUCUUAAAAACUAAAAAAAAAUUAUUUGGUAAUGUCCGGCGGACAAGAUAGAAAAGCUUAAUGGGCCGCAUGUGGCCCCCGGGCCUUAAUUUUCCCAGGUCUGAUCUAGAGGGUUCGUCAGAGUACACUAAUUCUUGGGGUAUUUUCACCAAAGCAUUGAGCAUACAUAGUAUUAAGGCACCUAUUUGUUUGUCUAUGAAAACAUUGCACAGUUAUUUAAAACAUCCACUUUAUAUAUCAAAUCAAGAUUCCCAGUGAUUUCAAGUAGUAUUCCAACAUAAAUGUAUACACAAUACAAUAAUUAUCACCUGUCUGCUGAUCUCCUUCGUGUCGAAAAACACUCUUCUGUCAUAUCAAGAAUCUUGUUGAUCCUGAAUCAACAUCUACAACGUGGUCAUCAAAUAAAGCAAAGAAUUCUAAAGUUUAUUAGCAAUGCCGCCCUUAAAAUGAAAUGAUAAAUUUGAACAAAUUAGAGAUUGAUCAGUUAUGAAAAAGAGGGCACAGUAUGUUGCAUCAUUCUAUAUGCAGUUAUCUGCGAGUCCUACAUGUCCACUGACUUACUUUCAGUGAUUGUUGCACAAUGCCAGAACAAGGACCCUAUUGAUUUUGAAUAAAAUGGCUAUGCAAUUUAGUUGCAUUUUGCUUGAUUGUAAAAUAUGUCGAUCGACGUUCAUAGCUUGUCAAUAUUCAGUGUUUUAUCGUUCGUAGUUAAUAUUGUAAAUCCCCCAUUCUUUAUUUUCAUGUACAUUCUGAGUGUCUCAUUCAGUAAAACUAAUUUAAAUUCUAUUCCGUUUAAGGCGGUCUGUCAUAACGUUUUCAGCAUUCAAUCAGACAUUAUCGUGAGGUUUUGUAUUAGUGUUCCUAAAUACACCGGCCCCCAGACACAUUUUUUUCUCUAAAUUUGGCCCCCCCAGUCAAAAUAAUUGCCCAGGCCUAGUCUCGAAGCUUCAUCAGAGUGCACUAAUUCUUGGGGUAUUUUCACCAGGCAUUGAGCAUACAUGUUAUAGUCUUUGAAAACAUUGCACAGUUCUUUAAAGCUUCCACUUUAUACAGUAUAUCAAAUCAAGAAUAUCAAUGAUUUCAAGUAGUAUAAAGGGAUAAGUUAGAUAUCAACUCGAUACUUAGCAGUUGAUACAAUACUUGUCACCUGACUGCUGAUUUCCUUUUUGUCAGAAAAUACUCCUCUCAUAUCAAGAAUCUUGUUUAUUUUGAAUUAACGUCUACAACAUGGUCAUCAAAUAAAGAAAACGAAUAUAAAGUUUCAUAGUAAUGCCGCGCUUAAAUGAAAUUAUGAAUUUGAACAGAGCACAGUAUGUUCCAUCAUUGUAUAUGCAGUUAAGAAUCAUCCAUCCAUCCAUUUUCUACCCCUUGUCCUUUUUGGGGUCGCAGGGGGUGCUGGAGCCUAUCUCAGCUGCAUUUGGGCGGAAGGCGGUGUACACCCUGGACAAGUCGCUACCUCAUCGCAGGGGCAACACAGAUAGACAGACAUUCACACUCACAUUCACACACUUGGGCAAAUUUAGUGUUGCCAAUCAACCUAUCCCCAGGUGCAGGUCUUUGGAGGAAGCCAGAGUACCCAGAGGGAACCCAAGCAGUCACGGGAAGAACAUGCAAACUCCACACAGAAAGAUCCCGAGCCUGAGAUUGAACUCAGGACUAUUAAGGACCUUCGUAUUGUGAGGCACAUGCACUAAACCCUGUUCCACCGUGCUGCCCCAGUUAAGAAUCAUUAUUAUUUUAAUCAGUAACCAUAUAGCUGAGGUGUCAAAAUCAAAAUCUACGAGUUACAUACGAGUCCUACAUGUCCACUGACUAACUUUCAGUGAUUGUUGCACAAUUCCAGACCAAGUACCCUAUUGAUUUUGAAUAAAACGGCUAUCCAACCUAUGGCGUCAUAGCGCGAACCUUGCAAAUAACAACCAUACCUUUGUGUUAUAACCCGCCUCUCGCCUCUCUGAUCAUAAGCACAAUCGGGUUUGAUGGGUGGAUGAAAACAAAGUGCAGCAGAUGUUUCAUACAACCUGCAAAAGAGACACUAAUUGAAUCCAGGUGCGUGGAAAGGUUGGAUUUACUCAUACAAUAGCGAGGUCCGUCGGGUCAUUUGGUAUUAACAUCUGCAUAGCAACUGGAGGAAACGUCAAGAGUAGAAAAAAGAUGACCUAGUGGUAGAUGAAACACUGUUUGGGGGAAAAGUGAAGUAAUUGGGGGUCUUCGCAGUGCAUCACCAGGGGCUACACAAGUGCUUGCACAUGGAAGCCGGAAGGCUUUCGGCGGAGAAUGCUUUGACAGCAGCGACGGCUUAUUCAUGAGAAUAACUUAUCAGAGGGCGUUUGAACGACAAGGUAACAAUAAUAGCCCUUCCAAGGCCUCGCAUGGGAAGCUGGGCCUGCUGCGGACUUCAAAGGCAACUUUGGAAGCAAAACAUUUGCAGCGUUUCGGCGAUGAAAUUAUGCUAGUUUAAGCGGUCCAAGCAAACAAAAACAAGAUUUAUUGUGUGUGGAAAGAACAUUUUUAUCUCAGUGGGAAAAGGCCUCCGUGGGAAUAGCGUUUUCACUUUGCAGAAAUCGUAAAAUGUCAGGCAGGAGAAUGAAUUAUGGCUUUUUGGAGAUUUACUGUUUGCUUGAUAUAGAAAUCAUAGUGUAGUAUCAUCUUGGCAUUAGUAGAUCGUUGGACGCAAGCACCGCAACGUUUUUGUACGAGACAGCAUUUCUCUCUAUCUUAUUGUCCUCUAAAGCCCUUUUCAACCAGAGAUCCUGCAUAAUUGGUGCCUUAAUAGAAGCUCGCCAUUAAGACUUCUAGAGCAAAAAUUGCUCCUAAUGACACAUGUUAAAACUUCGCUUCACUCAUGUCCCGGUACUGUGGAAUACCUUACACACAGGUGGUGUAACCCAGGAAUGGGCAAUUAUUUUGACUCCGGGGGCCAAAUUUAGAGAAAAAAAUGUGUCUUGGGGUCGGUAUAUCUGAUUUUUCGGAACACUAAUACAAAACCUCUCAAUAAUGCUACAAACCUUACGACAGACCCGCCUUCAAAAACGGAAUAGAAUUGUAUUUUUUUUUACUGAAUGAGACACCCAAAAUGUACAUGAAAAUAAAGAAUGUAGGAUUUACAAUAGUUACUAUGAACGGUAAAACACUGAAAAUUGACAACAUAUGAACGUCACCUCCCCUCCAUCUGGAUAUUUUACAAUCAAGCGAAAUGUGACAAACAGCGAAAUAUGAACGUGAAGGGUAAAAAAAAAACUCACCUACAAUCGGAUAUAUCUGAUACAUCACCAAGCUUUAGAACUUUGUUGUAAAAAUCUCUUUCUGCGUCUGUCCCCAACACCCGCAUUUCAGGCUGACACUCUGUGGAAACGCUCCCCACCCACACUUCUUGGUGCCUCGUUUGAGCUGCUGCGACUUAGAUUACCAUUGGAAAUAGUAUAUCACGCAAAAGCGCAGAUUCCAACUAUUAAGAUACUUUGUAUAUAGUUCAAGACUUAGGGUCAUUUGAAAACAUCCCUGCACAUCAUAAUGGCGGCUACAGUUUCCAUCUUAUAAGAUCUAAAAAAUAUAUUUGGGAAUGUCCGGCGGGCCAGAUUGAAAUGCUUAAUUUGCCCAGGUCUGGUGCAAUCGCUCUCCAAAUGAUGGAAAUUAAGUGUCGGUGCACUUUUCACAGCGCAAGCGACAGAGAAAAAAGCCAAAAAUGGUUCAAGGUAAUACAUAUACUAACUUCCUAAUGUUUAUAAAUAGUAAACAAAUUAAAAAUUACGAUUUGUAUUUUUAUCAGAAGUUGCAUAAGGAGAUUAGCAAUAUUUUUUAAGCAUUGACAUGGUUAAUUAUAAAUACCACAACACAGAUUUGCACAAUGUCUCAUUAACAUUAAUUUAUGGUCAUUCAAUGUCAAGGCAAGAACCACAUUUAAUUUAUAUGAUUCUGAUGAUAUACUUUUGGAUUUCCAAAUGGUCUUCCAUGCAUGCUUGAAGUGGGUGGAGUCGUUUUGUAUACAAUGCAAAAUGUUUAUUAUUUGAAAACAUUUAUUCUUCAAGCCACCUUAAAUGAAGAUGAAAAACAGUUUUCAUAUUGUGGCAUUAGUUUUUCUUGAUUGCUUUGACCUGCGUACACAAACUGGCAUCUACUUGGUUUUCAUCAUCGCUAUCGCUUCCCCUUGUCACCCUUGGAUUGACACAUUUCCCCUCUGUUUUUGCAAAACAGUUAACAUCGAUAUCAUCCAAGCAGUAAAAACUUAAUUGCUUUAGGUAUAGUAACUAGCUGGUGUAAGCCUGCACACCGUCUCCAGAUCACUAAAGAACCUGUUUAAAACUACUCCACACAAAACGGCAGUUAGCAACCAGUCUGCAGACCCUUGCCACCAUCGUCAAAACAAAGAAUCAAUUUCUUAUACUCUAAUCAUGUUUUAUACUUUACUGUAAUAUAUUUUAUUUUCUUCUUUUCUUAAACUCAGAUAUCUUUUAUUUUGGUUUACAUAUAUUUUCUGUAAUAUUUACAGUAUUUCAGUUUUUAGUGUAAUCGAUACAAUUCUGAUUCUGCACCCCUUUUUUUUUUUGCAAGAGGUCAAAUUUGACAGUGUAAGUAAAAAGACAACAAAUAAAUGGCAUUGGCAAAAAAAUACAUAAAAGCAAUUUUUGCUGUGCAUUUUGUGUAUUGAUUGAUUGAGUGGAAGAUCUCAUGCACAUGUUUGCAAGUUGUUUUGUUGAAAGGGAAUUCAUUUGUAUUGCUCAUUUUAAAUGUCUUGGCACAGUGGCAAACAAAAAGUGUCAUCUUGACCACAUGUAUGUAUGUCACCUGUUUUGAAAAUCUGGAGUUUGCGUUGACUGCUGCUUCAAAGCAAUCAAUAAAAACGGUAACCCUUGCAUGAUGACACCAGUCUCCUUGUUGUCGCUUUUUUUGUUUGGAAUUAUGUCUUCAUGUGUAAAUGGUGUAUUGUACAAACUUUGUACGAUUAAAAGACUGUAAAUAAAGGGUUUUUGAUGGCGA